CUGGACUGAACAUGGCGAGUGUAAGUCCCACCUAGAAGCCAGCCAAGCAAAAGCGUUGAAUUUCCAUUCGACACUGUUCAUCAAGGAUAGUGUGAACACAUUGGUCUAAUGGAGAAAUUCAAGAGCAUGGAUUUCUCUGCGACUGCCCACGAGCUGUUCGAGUCCGCCAAGGAAGCCAAGGAGAAAUCCGAGGAGGCAAUCAAGGCCGGGGUGAAGAACUCGCAGGAUAAGGUAAAGGAGGUCGCGGAAUUGGUGCUGGACGAGGCACACAAGGCCGCCGGGAGCGCCAAGGAGUUCGUCAAGGGCGCGGUCCAUCGAGUGGAAGGAUAUGCCGACAAUCUCAAGACAGGCUCCAGCGAGAUCAAGGGCAACCUCAAAGACAACCUCUCGCGAGCUCUGGAUCAAAACAAGGGGAAUUUCACAAUGGAGACAUUGGGCAGCUACCCAAUGGCCAUGGUGAAUUGGUGUAGCAAUGCUUGUGGAUCGUCCAAGAAUCACUACAAGGACAUGGCUGACGAUGUUACCGAAGUUCUCAAGGAGUCAGCCACCAAGCUUGAGCACGAGACCGCGGCGGCUACGUCCUCUAAAACCGAUUGAUCAAACAAAAUCUCCAUACAUGAUUAGAAUGAUAAGAACUUAUUCAUUUGCUAGCUUUCACGAUAUGUUCAAGAGCUUUUUCAUUUGCUAGCUUUCCCGGAAAUCUAUUCUAAGAUCACGAUGUAUUGAGCUUUUUCAAAUCCAUAAACUAUUUAUCCAUUAGAACGA